CAGCCCAAUAGACUGAUGAGUUAUUGUCAUGUAAAAAAGCGCUCGCAAUAAGACCAAACGCUUUGCUAUUGUCCAAGCGGAAAGAGCCAAGUUUAUUAUGAGGACUAUAUGCUCUAGAGACCUCGGGCUAGGCGGCUCUUAGGGGGCUUUUCAUAAAACAGGGCUAGGUUCCUAUAAAGGAGGCCAGUUUUGGAGCAGGCGCGGAGCAGUGCACAUCUCAGCGUCCAGCCUUUUUUUUAAUCCCCUCUCCCCACCAGUUCAAACCAAACAUCCUUCCCUUAAAACCCAGAGCGCGCGUCCUCCUCACUUUCAUUUAUUCUUCCCCCACCCCAUUUCAAACCCCAUUUUUUUGGGUGCUUUUGUUCUACUUUUUUUGUUUUAUUUUUCCAGGAAAGUGCAGCUUUUCACCUCAACCGAGCCUUCUCCAAUGUAUAAAAUGGAGUAUUCUUACCUAAAUUCCUCUGCCUACGAGUCAUGUAUGGCCGGGAUGGACACGUCGAGCUUGGCAUCGGCCUACGCGGACUUCAGCUCGUGCAGCCAGACCAGCGGCUUCCAGUACAAUCCCAUCAGGACCACUUUCGGGGCCACCUCCGGCUGUCCGUCCCUCACGCCGGGCUCCUGCAGUCUGGGGACCCUGCGAGACCACCAGAGCAGCCCGUACGCCGCAGUUCCGUACAAACUCUUCACGGAUCACGGCGGACUGAACGAGAAGCGGAAGCAGCGGCGCAUCCGGACCACGUUCACCAGCGCGCAGCUGAAGGAGCUGGAGCGGGUUUUUGCCGAGACCCACUACCCGGACAUCUACACCAGAGAGGAGCUGGCACUCAAAAUCGACCUGACUGAAGCCAGAGUGCAGGUGUGGUUUCAAAACCGGCGCGCCAAAUUCCGCAAGCAGGAGCGCGCGGCUGCGGCUGCCGCGGCGGCCGCCAAGUCCAGUUCCGGGAAGAAGGCGGACUCCAGAGACGAAGACAGCAAAGACACUAAAACCACAGACCCCGACAGCACGGGAGGCCCGGGACCCAACCCGGUCCCGACCUCCAACUGYGGCGGACCGAGCCCCACCGCGGGCCAAGUCAACACCACCGGCAACGGACAGGUGGACCAGGUGAAGACCUCCGUGUCCGCCGGCAUGGGAGUGACGGCGCCGAGCCAAGGCUGGGCCCCGGCGCCCGGAACCAUCACAUCCAUACCGGACUCAUUGGGCGGGCCCUUCGCCAGCGUCCUGUCCUCUUUGCAAAGACAGAACGGAGCCAAAGCUACGUUAGUAAAAACCAGCAUGUUCUAAUGAAGCUUCCGCGGCKGGGGGAGAGGAACAGACAGAGCAGGAAAGAAAAAAAAAACGUUUCUUCCUCCUGCAGAGACUGAAAAAGCAAUCGGCCCAGACUGAACUCGAGGAUAAUAAGAAGCAGAUAGAAAAAAAGGACAAAAAAAGUUGGUUUGUUUUUAGGCCUUGCGUCGUUUCUUGUGCUCAGCAGCUCCCUGUAAAAUAUCAUCUCAGCAAGUCAAAGAUUAUUUCAKUCUUCAGACGAAGGGUUUUGGAAACAUAAUUAUCCAAAAAAACAUUGAGGAGGMGAGGGAAUUUUCUCAUCCUUACACACAUCAGGUUGAAACAAAAACAACACACCACUUCAAAACAUUUCACACAUCCAAAUGACUCGUUUAGAUGGUCGCUUUUUGUCCAAAACGCGCGGGAAGACGCAGUGGAGACGCGCAGCAGUGCGUAAAAAGGAGCCUCGCUGAGUCACAAACAGCUGUUUCAAGUUUGGAACAGAAACAACAAACACMCACACACCGACACACCAACAUGGUUUCAUUCCUGCUGGUUGGAAACGUUCUGUUUUUAUUUGUUUUGUUCCCAGGGCUGCUGAGAGUUUAGUUUCUUUAAAUUUGUCGAUAUAAACCCACUUMUUUCCUCGAGAAACAAAAAACGAACAAAAACAAAAAAAUAGGCACAAGCUACUGCAAAACGUUCACCUCUGACAGGAAAUCUGUAUGUUUUUGUGUGUCUUUCUACGGCAGUGUUUUGUGGCGCAGGUUGUAUAGUGUUAAUACGUAUUCUUGUCUCUAGUUGAACCAUAGGCCAUCCCUGUAUAUCGAUCAUGCAAGUCUUUUUGAUGUUUUACUAAAUUCCCUCAAAAAGGAUUUAUUUUGGCUAAAAAAAAAGCAACAACAGGAACAAGGGAAUGGAUGCAAACAUUGUAUUUAUUUCUAUAUAAUUUGCAUGUUGUCUCUUUGUCUGAUUUUACACUGAUUUCUCUCCCAUUUUGUGAGCAUUCUKUACCAUGUUUUGUCCCGAAUCGGAAAGUUAUUUAUAAGUAGGUAAUGGAUGCUUAUAUUUAAGAAGGAAAUAUUUCUACAUGUGCACAUAGUUUUCCAGGUGUACCAUUGAAAUGAUUGUUGAUGAUAUAUAAAAAAAAGUCCCACUUGC